AAAAUGGUGAAGAAAUGCUUUAGACCACUGCUUCCAUUUCUGUUCAGUAGUGUUUUGUGUAAUGUUACAACGGCAGCUACAACCAGACCACAUAUCAUCCUCAUAGUGGCUGAUGACUUGGGAUAUAAUGAUGUGAGUUUCCAUGGAUCAACCCAGAUCCCCACUCCUAACAUAGACAGUUUGGCAUAUGGAGGAAUAAUUCUUAAUAAUUACUACGUGUCCCCGAUUUGUACCCCCACUCGCGGGGCCCUGAUGUCUGGAAGGCACCCCAUUCAAACAGGUCUCCAGUCGGGAGUAAUAGUCGCUUCUCAGCCCUAUGGACUACCCCUAAACGAAACGAUAAUGCCUCAGUACCUCCAAAAACUUGGCUAUAGGCGGCACAUGAUUGGAAAGUGGCAUCUUGGAUUUCACAAAAAAGAGUUUACUCCCCUGUACAGAGGUUUUGAGACACACUAUGGUUAUUAUCUUGGAUGUGGAGACUAUUAUGAUCAUACAUCAGAGGCCAAUGAGGAAUACUUUGGCUUUGACUUUUGGAGAAACACAACAGUAGACUUUUCAGGAAUCGGGCAAUACUCCACAGACCUGUUCAGACAAGAGGCCAACACGAUCAUACAGAAACAUAACACAUCAGAACCUUUGUUUCUAUACCUGCCUUUCCAAGCUGUCCACAGUGGAAAUCUUCCAAGUGGGAAGAAUCUCCAGGCCCCAACAAAGUACAUAAAGAAAUUCUCACACAUCAAAAAUACAGAAAGAAGAACAUAUGCAGCUAUGGUUUCUGCUUUGGAUGAUGCUGUUGGAUCCAUUGUGCAGACACUUAAAGACAAGAAAAUGUAUGAAAACUCCAUCAUUGUUUUCACAACAGACAAUGGAGGUCCAGCUAAUGGGUUUGAUGGUAAUGCUGCCAGCAACUUUCCUCUAAGAGGUGUCAAGGCCACACUUUGGGAAGGAGGAGUACGAGGGGCUGGCUUUAUAUCCAGUCCUCUGUUAAAGUCCAAAGGUUACGUAUCUAAUCAGAUGAUUCACGUGACAGACUGGUUACCAACUCUGUACACGGCUGCUGGGGGCCAAGCAGGGGAUCUUAAGAAUCUGUAUGGAGUAGACCAGUGGAAGGUAUUACAAACUAAUGGCAAGCCUGUCAGAGAUGAAAUGCUGCAUAACAUAGACCCACUGGACAAGACAGGGGCUAUAAGAGUGGGCGAUUACAAACUAAUAUAUGGGCCUGUAAUGGGCUGGGAUGGUUGGUAUCCCCCAUACCAAGUCUCUACAGACUCUAAUAAAAAUGAUAGGUUCAGGAUUGACAUUUCUGAACUAAGUAACAGAAAGAGACUUGUAGAGGAAAUGGAGUUUGAACCUCCAUCAUUUUAUUCCAUUCUUGGAACACCAGUAAAAAUUCAGUGUGGAACCAAGCCUUCCAAUGCCAGUACAAACUGUCAGGCCAAUAAAGUUCCAUGUCUGUAUCAUAUACCAUCAGAUCCUUGUGAAUACAACAACAUAGCAGCUAGUCAUAUGGAUAUUGUGUCCAAACUGAUGGACAAAAUUAAACUGUAUGAGAAAACCAUGAUGGUACCUCCUGGAAAUAAGCCAUUUGACCCAGCUGGAAACCCACGUCAACAUGGAGGCAUAUGGGUGCCAUGGCUGGAUUAAUAGCAGGACAGACUAAUUAAUUAAAAGAUGUGAUUUUCAUUCCAAAUAUUUUUAGCAAAACACUU